AUGGCGACAUUGGCCUUCAACGCCAUCGCCACCGUCACCCUCACGGGCUUGUUCCCCACGCGGAAGAAUCCCCAGGCGGGCUCGCUCACAACCCAACUCCAGCGAAGGGAGGUCCCACUGAACCUCUUGAAGCCGGCCAUUCGUGACCCUAGCACCUGUAAGGGAAACGGAUUUGUAGAUAUGCCACCGCGUCCUCCGUCCAAGCAGCCUCCUCCCGGGAACGCACACCUACAUGCGUCGCUGGGCGAAUACCUUGGACAUGGCCAUUCCAGUAUCGUCUUCGAUCUAAGAGACGUCCAGCUAUCUAGUGCACCCUCCGAUGUAGUCGUUCCCCCUCUGGUGGUCAAGGUUGCGCGCAUCAAUCGCGUCACCUCCCUGCUUCGUGAGGCCUGGUUCUACGACGACAUGGAGUGCAUCCAGGGUGUCAGCAUUCCCCGAUGCUACGGCUACUUCGAGACUGAGGUUCCCGAAGACUCUGACGUGAGGCGGCAACUUCUCGCUGUGGCGAAGAAAUAUCGCCCCGAAGACGAUGGGGAAGAGAAUCUCGUUCUCAGCAGGGACCAGAUGAUGGGACCUCUCCACCCGCUACUGGCAGAGCGAUGCCAGCGACGCGAUAUCAUCGCCGUGACCAUACUGGAGAAGCUUGGACCUCAACUUCCUCUGGGGCAGGAACUAUCUGAGGAGACAAAGGAGGAUCUUGAAAGCAUGUUCGAAGACAUGGCGCACCUUUGCAUUAACAAUGUCGAAGACAUUCGCUGGGAGAAUAUCCUGCAGGCUCCCGACACUUCGUCAAGUCUUCCUUCACUUCCAUCUCCAUUCACGCAGAAGGUCCAUCGCUGGAGAGCGAUCGACUUUGAGCUGGCCAUCAAGAUUAAUCUGUCUGUGCCACACUGUCAGCUUGAGCAUUACUGUGGACUUGGCGGCGUCUAUGAUCAUGUGGAAAGCUGGUACGAGGAAGAAUACUCGUGGCCAGAAGAAGAAUCGGAAAGCGACGAGGAUUGGCUUGAAUCUCGAGAUUAAAGCGAGCCCAGUUCCUCAUGCGGCGUGCCUCCUUUCUUGUCUCGUAUUACACAUUUUGUACGACCGCUGGUCCCAAGUAUACAGUCGUGAUUUGA